AUGCCGGCGCCCGGCAAGACAACUUCGGUCGACCGCCUGAAGCGCUCGGCUGAAGGAGGCGUGGCUGCGUCCAGCCCGGCUGCCAACAAGCAAUCGGCAAAGAAGGAGAACAAGAAGAACUUCAUCAAAGAGGAGCAGCCCCCGGAAAAUCACAAGGAAGAGGCCGAAGCCGCGCCUCCAUCCGUGCCGCCGCAGCCGGUCGACGAGAAGGACUAUCGGGCCCGCUUCUGCAAGCAGGUCCUCGCGAUGUCGCCCAAGAAGAUCUUCCGCGAAUACAAGGAGGGCGACAUGGCCAAGAUCAAGCCGGAGAACUACACGUAUCUCACCUAUCAGCGCAACGAGGAGAAAAAUCGCUAUCCGGACAUCCUUUGCAUUGACGAGACUCGUGUAGUCCUGAAGGAACGUGACGCGACGAAUGACUACAUCCACGCCUCAUGGGUGAAGCUGCCAAAUGGCCGGAAGUACAUCUGCACGCAAGGCCCGCUGAAGGAAACCCUCGAAGAUUUCUGGCAUAUGAUCGUCACCGAGAAAUCACCCAUCAUCGUCAUGUUGUGCAAUUUGGAAGAGCAGGGGGAGAGCAAGUGCGAGCGCUACUAUCCGAAAGAGGGCAAAACCCUCACUUUUGGCAAGUACUCGGUCAAAUACAAGAAGGAGCUGAAAGCCGUCACCUCAGAUAUCCCAGUCGCCCAGUAUACCAUCACCGCCGGGAGUACCACGCACACAGUCACCCACUACAUGUGCCAAAACUGGACGGAUCACGCAUGCCCUGUCGACGCCGCCCCAAUUAUCAAGCUGCUCAAGAAGGUUACCGGCGAGUCGAAGAAGGAUAUUAUCACCGUCCAUUGCUCGGCUGGAAUCGGCCGCACUGCCACCUUCCUUGGUAUCGAAUACGCUUCCCUGAAGGUGCAAUCCGAAAGCGAUUUUAAGAUGGAGCAGCUGCUCCGCGAGCUUCGUGCGCAGCGAUUUCACGCCGUCCAGGGCGGCACGCAGUACCUCUUCCUCCACGUGGCGCUCCUUCAGAUGUGGUCCGCAGAGGGGAUUGUGAGCCCCGAGAGCUGCCAGAGCUUCUUCGAUUCCUACAAGAGAACCAUGACUCACAUGAUCUCCCGCAAGAAG